UGUGUCGCCAAGCUGAUAUUAUUGACGGAGGAGGACGUAGAGCAGAGACUGGACUUGCGCAGAAAUAUAUCCCUAGUGCUAAGUAAUUGGGGCUAAUGAGGUGCCUUUUCUCCCACAAAUGUACCAUGUCGAACUCCCCUGAUAAUGCGGGCAUUUGGGUGAUGCGUCAUGUCUCUGAACGCUUCCGGCAGGACCUUGUGGACACGCAUAGUUAUGGAAAGUCCUGGGUUUCUAUUGUGGUCUGGUCUAUGACCUGAUCACGGGAUGAUAAGGCCGGUCUAGUCAAGUUGAUCUACUAUAAGAGGGAUCCGAAUACCCCUCGCGGUAGAGCAACCUCACAGUCGUAUCAUAGCGUACAGGAG